AUGGCUACCGAUCCAGUGAACAUCUUUUUGGCCAGCACAGCUACUACGCUCUCACUCGACUUCUUGAUCCACCCAUUGGACACGAUAAAAACGCGUCUUCAAUCGCGAGAAUACAUCAGCUACGCACGAAGUACGAAAAAUAAUGUCCUUAGCCAUCCUAGAAUUUUUCGAGGUCUCUACCAAGGAUUUGGCAGCGGGGCGUUCUUCAUCACUUAUGAGAAUGUCCAAUCAAAACUUGCUGCCUUGGGCCCAGUUCUCAUGCCCUACCAACCAAGUACCUAUCAAGUAGCCUCUGACUUUUGCGCAGCUUCCGUCGCGGAGGCCGUUGCAUGCGUUUUCUUUGCUCCGGCCGAGGCGUUGAAGAAUAACGCGCAAAUGAUUCAAUCAAUAUCUUCAGUACCAGCGUCAGCAAAUUCUCAGAGCCAUAGGGCUUCUGGUGUCCAAUUUGCAUCAAUUCAAGCGUUCAAAAAAUUCAAGAACAUCAAGCAACUGUGGAGCGGGUACUUCGCCCUUCUGGCACACCAUUUGCCCUACACAGCCAUUCAAAUGCCCCUUUAUGAGGUUUUGAAAGGCCAUAUGGCCCAAUCAACCAUCACUCGGCCAUUCUUGUUGCCCAGUGACAAGAGCCCUGAUAGGAAAUACUCCCAAGUCGUUGGUAGUGCCAUGAUUGCUAGCGUGAGUGGUGCAAUCUCGGGUGGAAUAGCCGCGGUGCUCACUGCACCCACAGACAUGGUAAAGACCAGAGUGAACCUGGAUGCACCUAACCAGAACCUUCCACAAAAGAGCCGAAUCAUGCAUGCUGCGCGAAACAUCUUCAUAACGGAAGGCUUCCGAGGCUUUUUCCGCGGGUGUGGCAUCAAUAUCUUCAUGUCUAUUGUUGGUUCGGGUAUGUGGUUGGGCCUUUAUGAAGGCACGAAAUCUUGGCUGAGCUAUGACUAG